AUGGCUGAAUAGGUGUAGAUGUUAUAAAGCAAGAUUGAAGAUGAGUCCAAAGUUCUUUAGACUUUACAAAGAGAAAUGUAAAAGUAUGUUGAAGGCAGGUAAAAACUCAUAGAGCAAUCUCACGAAAAUGAAAUGGUCAAAAAAGAGCUUGAUCUCCUCGAGCCUGAAGCAAAAGUAUACAAACUCAUUGCAAGUGUGUUGGUUUCAUAAACCCUAUAAGAGUCUAAAGAGAAUGUGAGCAAAAGAUUAGAUUUCAUUGGAAAAGAAUUUAAAAAAGUAGAGGACUUAAUCAAAGAAAAUACAAACAAGCAAAUUGCCAAGAAAACAUCAAUCUAAAAAAUGCAAGAACAACUCUAUUAAAUUGUUUAAGCCUAUCAACAAUCCUUAAAUAAGUGACAAUGUAAAUUUGUAAGAAAUACAUAUAUAUAAAUUUAAAUAAAUGUAUAAUA